AUGGAAACAACGGACCCUUCCGAUAAUCUUCCUAACGACGUCGUCUUCGACGAGUCAUCGCCGGAAACCGACCUAACACUCUCAGGCUCAACCCCUCACGACAAUCACCAUUCCCAAAACCACUCGUCGGAAAACCCGUCCGCACCUCCCCGAACGACUCUUGAUGCUCCGAUAUCGGACUCUCAAGAUGACUCUUCCGAGCCCAUCCCCGAAGGCGAAGACUCCCUUCUUGAUCAACGAGGCCUUCCAAACCCAGCCGAACCUGGUCCAGCCGAGCCCGGUCCGCCGGCCAAGAGACGUCGUCGCAGGAAGAAGUUCUUUACGGAGCUCAACAGCACUCCGUCGUUGGCCAAGAACCGCCGGACCGACCUCAACAAAGACGUUGACGUAGAAGCCCUAAUUGCAAUUUCAGUCGGAUUUCCGGUCGACUCGCUCACGGAGGAGGAGAUCGAGGCAAACGUGGUCCCCACCAUUGGCGGCGUUGAGCAAGCCAACUAUAUCGUCGUGCGGAACCACAUUUUGGCUCGGUGGAGGUCCAAUGUCUCUUUCUGGUUGACCCGGGAGCUGGCGCUGGAGUCGAUUCGCUUGGAGCACAAAGGCCUGGUCGACUCAGCUUACGACUUUCUGGUGGAGCACGGCUACAUCAACUUUGGGCUUGCACCGGCGGUUAAAGAAGCCAAAUUGAACUCCUUUGAUGGGGUCGAGAGGGGCAAUGUGGUCAUUGUGGGGGCUGGGUUUGGCCGGUUUGGUAGCGGCGAGGCAACUGGUGUUCUUGGGCUUCAAAGUUGUGGUCUUGGAAGGUAG